AUGGAUAGAGGCUUAAUAAACGGUGUCUUGUUUCUUGAUCUCAAAAAGGCAUUCGAUACAGUCGACCACAAAAUCCUUCUUGCUAAACUCGAACUAUAUGGAGUUCAAGGUGUAGCCCUUAACUUCUUCAAAUCGUACUUAACCAACAGGAGUCAAUUAUGUACAGUCCAAGGUAUAAAUUCCCAACUGAAAAAGAUAAGGUGCGGAGUCCCACAGGGAUCAAACUUAGGACCGUUAUUAUUCUCAUUGUAUAUAAACGAUCUUCCUAACUGUCUCGAACAAACAGAGGCAUCUAUGUUUGCAGAUGACACAAAUAUAUCAAGCAUUGGUAAUUCACCUGCGGACAUAGAAGUGAAACUAAACAAUGACUUGUAUAACGUCAAUAACUGGUUAAUAGCAAACAAGCUUACUUUAAACUUAAAAAACCCUGAAUUUAUGCUAAUAGCCUCUAAACGAAAAUUGAAACAAUUCUCUUAUGACCCAUGUAUACUGAUUGGUAAUCAUAACAUCAAACAG